CCGGAAGCGUGAAGAGCUGGGCGUGAAGGAGGGAACAGAACAAGCCUCCUUCUGCUCGGUUGUUUCUUUUCUCGUUCACUGCGUGUUUUGACCCGAAACCACCGGGCCGCCGGAUCCCGGAGCUGAGACGAUCUCGGACUUCAUGCCGGCGGAGCGUCCCGUCCAGCGAUGGUCCUGGAGGAGCGAGCGAGGAGCAGCCUGCUGCAGCACCGCCGCCGGCUGGAGGACGACAUCAAGCCGUCCUACCUGCUGGACCACCUGGUCCACGACGGCGUCUUCACCGGGGACGAGGAGGAGACGGUCCAGGCUCAGCCCACCAGGAGGCGCCAGGCUGCGGCCCUGCUGGAGCUGCUGCUGGAGAAGGACGGCCGGGCCUUCGUGUCCUUCCACAACGCUCUGGUCCGGGAGGCGUACCUGGACCUGGCCCGGCUGCUGGAGGACGGCCUGCCCGGGGACGGCCUGCCCGGGGACGGCUCCGCUAAGGGCUGGGGCCCGAGCGGGGACGCCACGGUCCAGGCGGUCCUGAGUGAGGGCGGCGUUCCCCAGAGGCCCGUGGUGUUCGUCAGCCGGCCCGAGCUGGUGAACCGGGUCCGCGAGAAGCUGCACCGGCUGGACCGGGACCCGGGCUGGGUCAGCAUCUUCGGCAUGGCCGGCUCGGGGAAGUCGGUGCUGGCCGCCGAAGCCGUGAGACACCCGGAGCUCCUCCGAGACUGCUUCCCCGGAGGCGUCCACUGGGUGUCCGUCGGCCAGCUGGACAAACCGGACCUGCUGGCCCGGAUCCAGACCCUGUGCUUCCGUCUGGAGCAGAGUCUGGACCCUCGGUCCGUCCACCGGAACCCCAACUCCCUGGACGAGGCCAAGGAGCGGCUCCGCUUCCUCAUGCUGCGCCGAUUCCCCAGGUCUCUGCUGAUCCUGGACGACAUCUGGGACAGUUCAGUCCUGAAGGUCUUCGACAUCCACUGCCGGAUCCUGCUCACCACCCGGAACCGGAGCCUGACGGACUCGGUCAGCGGGGCCCGGUUCCAGGUGGAGGUGCAGAGCGGUCUGGACGAGGACAAAGGCCUGGAGGUCCUGGCCCUGUACACCGGCACCAAGCCCAGCCUGCUGCCGGACCAGGCUCGCAGCAUCGUCCAGGAGUGUAAAGGCUCUCCUCUGGUGGUGUCCCUCAUCGGCGCCCUGCUGAAGGACAAGCCGGACCGCUGGGGGUUCUACCUGCGCCAGCUGCAGCAGAAGCAGUUCCGGCGCAUCAGGAAGUCCUCGUCCUACGACUACGAGGCUCUGGACCAGGCCAUGGCGGCCAGCAUCCAGGUCCUGCCCCAGGACCACCAGGACCUGUACCGGGACCUGACCGUGCUGGAGAAGGACGUCAAGGUCCCAGCUCAGGUCCUCGGUGUCCUGUGGGAUCUGGAGCCGGAGGACGUGGAGGACAUUCUCCACGAGUUCGUCAACAAGUCUCUGCUUUUUGUGGACAACAACAACAAACCGUCCCUGUACUACCUCCACGACCUCCAGCUGGACUUCCUGGUGGAGCAGAACCGGGCCCAGCUGGAGGCUCUCCACACUAAGGUGGUCCGUCAGUACCAGCAGCGCUACAGGGAGGCUCCGCCCACCUCCAGGGACGAGGAGAGUCUGUACUGGAUCCGCUUCCUGACCCUCCACAUGGCCAAAGCCAACCUGUCCCAGGAGCUGAACUCCCUCCUCUUCUCUCUGGACUGGAUCAGCAUCAAGUCUCAGGUUCUGGGUCCGGCUCACCUGAUCAACGACUACGUGGAGUUCGGAUCCAUUCUGGACAAAGAGAACGGCCGGGCGCGCAGCCAGUUCCAGGAGUUCCUGUCGCUGAACGGCCACCGGCUGGAGCAGCGGCCGCUGCCCGACGUGGUGCAGCUGGCGCUGGCGCAGCCGCGCGCCUCCGAGGUGUACGCCCGGGCGCGGCGGCGGGCGCAGGAGGCGGCGCGGCGCGGGAAGCUCUACUUCCACCUGGAGAACGAGCGCAGCCCGGACGGCCUGUGUCGCCUGGUGCUCCACCCCCACCAGGGCUCCGUCUACUCCGCCCGCUUCUCCCACGACGGCACCAAGAUCGCGUCCUGCGGCGCCGGCCGGACCCUGAAGGUGUUUAAAAGCACGUCGGGCGAGAAGCUGACGGAGAUCCAGGCCCACGAAGAGGAGGUGCUGUGCUGCGCCUUCUCCCCGGACGACCGGCUGCUCGCCACCUGCUCCAGCGACCGGAAGGUCAAGGUGUGGAACGUGGAGCGAGCGAUGCUGCUGAGGGUGUUCGAGGUGGAGCACGAGGAGCAGGUCAACCACUGCCAGUUCACCAACACCGCCCGGCGCCUCCUGCUGGCCACCUGCUCCAACGACAGCGUCCUCAACGUCAAGCUGUGGAACCUGAACAAGCCGUCCUCUCAGAACACCGUCUUCGGCCACUUCGAGCCCGUCAACCACUGCUGCUUCUCCCCCGACGACCGCUUCCUGUCCACCGCCUCCAACGACGGCACCGUCAAGCUGUUUGAGGUGUCGUCGGCUAACGAGUGGAAGACGAUCAGCGUGAAAGACGAGUUCCAGGAGAACCGAGAAGACGUUCUGGUGAAGUGCAGCAGCUGGACGGCCGACGGCAAGAAAAUCAUCUGCGCUGCCAGGAACGCUGCCCUGGUGUUUGACGUCGAGUCCUCUGACCUCCUCCUGGAGAUUCGAACCAGUCGUCUGAGCACGGUGCAGCACUGUGAGGUCUGUCCGUCCUCCAACCUGCUGGCCAUUGCGUUCUCCAACUACGCAGUGGAGCUGUGGGACCUGGAGGACAAUAAGAAGAUGGCGGAGUGCAGCGGCCACCUGAGCUGGGUGCAGCGUGUCCACUUCUCCCAGGACGGCUCGCAGCUGCUGUCCUGCUCCGACGACCAGACCGUCCGGGUGUGGGAGGUGAAGAAGCUUCACACGUCGUCGGCGGUCCGCCUGAAGAGAGACUCGGACGUGGUGUUCGGCGGAGAGCAGGUCGUCGUGGCGGCAGCAGACAACUGCAACCGGCUGCAGGUGCGGGAGGGCCGGUCCGGUUCGGUCCUGUUCCAGUCGGAGGAGCUGGCCUCCAGGAUCCGGUGCUGCUGUCUGAGCAGGCAGCCUUCAGCCGUGGUGCUGGGACAGGAGGACGGCUGCGUGCAGGUCCUGGAUCUUCCCUCUGGGACUCCUCUGUCCGUCCUGCAGGGACACACCAAGACCGUCCUGCACUGCCAGUUCAGCCGAGACAACCAGACCCUGAUCACCUCCUCUGAGGACACCACCCUGCGGGUGUGGGCGUGGCAGUCGGGGCAGUGUAAAGUCCUGCGGGGCCACAGGGAGCAGGUUCGAUGCUUCUCUCUGCUCUGUGACGACUCCAAGCUGCUGUCCUGGUCCUACGACGGAACCGUGAAGCUGUGGGACAUGGACAGCGGAGAGCAGCUGCAGGACGUGGACGCCCAUCGGGGAGCCAUCCUGUCCUGCCACGUGUCUCCGGACGGACGCCUCUUCGCCACCACGUCUGCAGACAAGACGGCCAAGCUGUGGCAGCGGGAGUCCUGGACGUGCGUCUCCACGCUGAGCGGACACCAGGACUGCGUCCGGAGCUGCAGGUUCUCCUGGGACGGCCGGCGCCUCGCCACCGGGGACGACAACGGGGAGAUCCGGCUGUGGAGUGUGACGGACGGGUCGUUGUUGAAGAUCUGCUCCCGGGACGGGAAAGACGCCCUGGACUCCCUCCAUGGAGGCUGGGUGACGGACCUGCACUUCUCUGCAGACGACUCGCUCCUGGUGUCGACGGGCGGCUACAUCAAGUGGUGGAACGUGGAGAACGGCGAGGCUCUGCAGACGUUCUAUCCGACGGGCAGCGCUCUGAAGAGGAUCCACGUCUCCUCCGACUUCUCCACCUUCGUCACCAUCGACAACAUCGGGUUCCUCUACGUUCUGCAGCGGGUCGUGUGACCGCCCGGCGUUCUGCCGUGCAGCCGGGACGUUCUAGCUCCGGAGAACCGUCCCAGUCUCCAUCAAGCUCCGCCGUCGGCAGGACAGAACACACCAGAACCGAUCUGUUCCUGGGAGACGUUCUGCUCCCGGCCCGUCUGCUGUUCUGAGCCUGAUAACGGAACCUGAGUUCUCCGGGACGUUCUGCUCUGGGCGUUUUUUUACCGGUGAGAUUAUGAACUGAACUUCUCGUCUUGGAGACGAGGAGAACGAUCCUUUGACGGAGAACACGACGGAGAACCUGGAAGUCAGAAGCUCAGUUCUCUGCUUUGUUUUUUAAACUUUCUACUGCAUGUUCUCUAACCGUUGAGCCUGGUUCUGCCGUUCUGCUCAGAACGUUCUCCUGCUGUUGGUGAGUCUAAUUUAUGGGAAAUAAACUUCGAUCUGGGUCCGA